AUGUCCUUAUAUACCCUUCCUUUCGCUGAACCUAUACUAAUGGAAGAUGAUACACCCAUCGAUCCUUGGAUUAACGACCUAUACGAAUUUCCACCACUUUCCAAAAUGUCACCUCCUCCCACGGCACGUUCCCAUUCAUCAUCAUCAUCAAGUCGCCAAUCCAGCAGUAGCGAAUGGGACAUAUUAUCCCUAGAACAUGAAAAUGAUGACUGGGUAGAUCUUUGUAACGAUAUUAGGCCCACAUUUGCGGAUGUGGCUGAAGCUGCUGGUGUGUACCAUGAGCCUAUUCCUACUACCCAGCACUCCUUGAUUUGUUUCCGGUGGUCACAUGGAUCAUUAAAGCAUCGCCCUCAUCCCAAACAAGCUCAACAAGAAGAUUUUAAUGAAGACAAUGACUACGAUUCAUUGUUGAAUGACUUGUACGACGACCACAAAUCGCAAGCUCGUAACGCAAAUCGACGUACUCCAUACAUCCAAAGACGUAGACAAAAUGUUCAAGAGGUAAUCCUUCGGCGUGAUCUUCGUUCACUACCUCAAGUACAUGAAAAAUACAAUCGACGACUGACCAAGGUGGAAAAUGCCAUGGCAACAACAUGUGCCAAGCGUGAAAUUGCCCACAACAACUGGAGAUCUGCUCUAGUACUUGAAAACCCAUCCAAGGUACAAGAGGAUUUAACUUUGCCAUCAUCCAUCGAUCAUCCAUUACCACCACGAGCCACGAUCCAAGCACCUUAUACACAUGUUAUUGUUCAACGUCGUCGAAAACGUCGUCGUCGUCGUACCGUUUAUACACAAACCACCAAAGUGCCAACUGAUUUGCCUGCAGAGUAUACGACAUUUUACCGUGUAUUGGUACAGGAACUUUUACAACGACAACUAGUAUCCUCCCUUGACGAUGAUGAAGGCGGUGAUAUCAUUGACGCGGUAUUAAAUCAACCGAUUGGUUGGCGUUUUGGUGCUCGCGACUCAUAUAACAACAAGGCAUUCGUCUACCAUGAGCUGAAAAAGAUACUGGCAUCCGAUCUCCGCACUUGGCACAUCAGCUACUUUGACUUUGAAGAAUGCAAUGUGUCGUUUGAAGAGUAUCUUGAGUACAUGCGUGAGAUAGAUCGCAUUGUCAAGGAGGAAUUCAAACCAAACGCCAACGUCGGCUUUUAUCCUUCAAGGUGGAUGUCCUGUAGCAGAAUCCUCAGUAUCCUUUAUCUCAAAGAUAUUUUCAAGAUGAACCAUGAACGUCGUCGACUCGAGCAUGUCUUGGAUGAUAUCAACAAAAAUGACGCACUCAAGACAUUGUAUAAGGCUAUCAGCAAGAAUGGAUCAAAACACGCAUCAUCUCGUGAUAAGCAGUUAAGAAAACGUCUUAUUAAGCACUUUUUGGAGCAGUGGACAUCUUGUAAAUAA